AUGACAAGCACUACCGCUACUCUUACCUUGACUCCUCCUCUAUGCACUCCUGGUUAUGAUGUGACGGGUCGUUGCUUUGUGGUGACGGGUGGUACACAAGGUCUGGGAUUGGGAAUUGCCCGCAGUUUGAAGAAACAAGGCGCCACAGCCUUGGUGGUCGUCAGUCGCAAUGCAACCAAGGGCCAGCAAGUGUGCCACGAAUUGACCAGCGACACUUGUCAGUGUCACUUUGUGCAAGCCGAUUUGGGGGAACCAGAACAGGCGCAAUCCGUGAUUCCUCGUGCCGUCGAGUUGUUGGCAACUAGCGCUACCACAAUGAUCUCGGGUGUGGUCAAUGCCGCCGCCAUUACAGAACGAGGCAAUUUGCAGACAACGACAGUGGAGGGAUUCGAUCUCCAGUUUGCCAUUAACGUUCGGGCACCCUUCCUCAUUACCCAGGCUGCUGCCAAGCACAUGAUGGACAACAAAAUUAGAGGCAGUAUUGUCAAUAUCAGCAGUGUGGCAUCUCAUGGUGGGGCACCCUUCAUUAUGGCCUACAGUGCCAGCAAGGCUGCCCUCAACAAUUUGACACAGAACAAUGCUGCCGAAUUGGCGCCGCAGGGAAUUCGGGUCAAUGCCAUUAAUAUGGGAUGGACCGUGACGGAGAAUGAGAAUCAACUGCAAAGCAAAGCCAUGGGUGACAAUUGGACGCAACAAGCCGAUGCUUCGGUCCCUUUGGGACGCAUCCUGCGACCAGAAGAUGUGGCUGCUACGGUGGGAUUCCUGCUCAGUGAUAGCUCGGCCAUGAUGACUGGCAAUAUUAUGAAUCUGCAUCCAGAAUUCCCUCUGGGCAUGUUGAGUCUGUUGGAUGAUGAAAAGAAGGGACGAUGA